ACCCCCGGAAGACGUCCUAAUCUGACGCUGAACCUGAACGAGUCCUCAUCGGGAUGUAAACAUGGUGAUAGGCAGAUGAGAGAAACGCCACAAUGGUCUUCGAAAGCGUGGUUGUAGAUGUCCUCAACCGAUUUUUAGGGGACUACGUUGUCAACCUUGACAGCUCGCAGCUAAAGCUCGGCAUAUGGGGAGGUGAUGCUGUGCUUAAUAAUCUUGAAAUAAAGGAAAAUGCCUUGAGCCAACUUGAUAUUCCUUUUAAAGUGAAGGCUGGUCAUAUAGGGCGUCUCCAACUGAAGAUACCAUGGAAGAACCUAUACACACAAUCCGUGGAGGCCACGUUGGAUGGUGUCUACCUGCUUAUAGUUCCCACAGCAAGCAUAAAGUAUGAUGCGGAAAAGGAGGAGAAGCAGCUUCAGGAGGCUCGCCAGAGGGAACUACAGCGGAUAGAGCAGACAAAGCUGAAGGCUGCUGAGCAAGAGAAUCCCAAGCUUGAGAAACAGGACACUUUUACGGAAAAGCUUGUCACUCAGGUCAUUAAAAACCUGCAAGUCAAGAUCUCUAACAUCCACGUGCGCUAUGAAGAUCAUGUAACAAAUCCAAACUGCCCUUUGUCAUUUGGAGUGUCACUGAAAAACCUCAGCCUUCAGACAGCUGACGCGAAGUGGAGACCCAGUCUUUUAGAUGAGAAGUCCAAGUUUUUCUUCAAGCUGGUACAACUAGAUAACUUGUUUGCCUACUGGAAUGUUAACUCAGUACUUUUCUCCAGUCACACUUCAGAUCGGGCCCUGCAACAUCUCCAGAGCAGCAUGGACGUCCACUCCUCUCACGACUUCAUUUUUCGCCCCAUUUCAGCUGAUGCAAAACUGCGGAUGAAUCCCAGGUCAGAUGUGGAUUUCUCCUCCCCUAAAGUGGACCUGAUGGUCAAUCUCAGCGAGGUGGCAAUUGAACUCAACAAAGCCCAGUACAUUAGCAUCUUGGAGCUGCUGUGCUCAGUGGAUAUGAUGUCACGUAAUCUGCCAUACAGGAAGUACAGACCCAAGGUCCAUGUUCACAAGAACGCCAAAACAUGGUGGAAGUAUGUGAUCACAGGCGUCUUGGAGAUAGAUGUGAAGCCAGGUCUCCACAUGUGGUCAUGGAAACACAUUCGCCAACACCGGCAGAUGGUAAAAAGCUACAGAGAGCUCUACAAGACAAAGAUCACCAGCAAGAAACCCAGCGAUGAGAAUCUCAAAAAAUUAGAGGAGCCCGAGAAGACUUUGGAUAUUUUUAACAUCACUUUGGCCAGACAGCAGGCUGAAGUGGAGGCAAGUAAAGCAGGCCUGCGUAUUUACCGUCCUGGGAUGAAGAUGGAGGAAGAAGAGUCUCAGGGUUGGAUCAGCUGGAUGUGGAACUGGGGGGCACAGCCUGAUACAGAAAGAAAAGAAGUUAAGACUGGAGGGUUUGAUGAGCUGUUAACCCCUGCUGAGAAAGCCAAACUCUACACUGCCAUUGGAUACAGCGAGACUGCUGCUAAUCCCAAUCUGCCAAAGGAUUUUGAGAACAUGAAGGUCAACUUCCACAUGGAGAAACUGUCCAUGUCAAUUAAAGAUGACAAGGACAAAAACGAGAUCAUCAGGCUGACUGUGGGAGAGCUGUACUCCACACUCACACAGAGACCUGGAGCACAAGCCAUCAAAAUCACAGCCAAGCUUACUUUGUUUGAGGUCACUGGCCUCGCCAAUAAGCAGCCUCCACCAACUCUCCUUUCAUCAAGGAAGGCAGCCAUAGGAGCAGGGACCCCACUGCUUUGUAUCCUGUUUGAGACCAACCCCCUGGACGAGAGCGCUAACCAGCGGCUUCACGUAGAAUCACAACCCUUGGAAAUCAUCUAUGACGCUAUAACUGUGAACAGCAUAUCGGCGUUCUUCAGGCCUCCUGAUGACAUGCAGCUGGAUGAGCUCACGAAUGCAACCCUGAUGAAACUGGAGCAGUUUAGAGACCGCACAGCCACUGGUUUACUGUAUGUGAUUGAAACACAGAAGGUUCUCGACCUGAAGGUGAACUUGAUGGCCUCCUACGUGAUCAUUCCACAGACCGGUUUUUACAAUGGCACUCAGAACAUCUUGCUGUUGGAUCUUGGUCAUUUCAAGAUGUCCAGUCAAAGCAGGAAACAUCUACCUCAGCUGUGUGUGAGUUCCAGCAACAUUGAGGACAUCAUGUCCAGAGCUUACGAUAGCUUUGAUGUGCAACUUGAAAGCCUACAGUUUCUUUAUAGCAAACCAGAUGGUAACUGGAAAAAGGCCCGCAAACAGAAACAGUCACCCCUCCACAUCCUAGAGCCAGUUGAUCUAAAGGUGGUUUUUAGCAGGGCAAUGAUCAACAAAGACUCCCGCAUGCCAAAAUAUAAGAUGUCUGGAAAGCUUCCUCUGUUGUCUCUUCGUAUUUCUGAUGUAAAACUUCGAAGUGUUCUGGAGCUGGUGGACAGUAUCCCGCUGCCUGAAAGCAAACCUGCUGCACGUGGCAAUGCUCCAUCAUCAACUCCAAAGCCUAGGCAGUCUUUCACCCCUCAUCUCACUCCCAGAAAACCUCUGAACUUUGAUCAGCGCUCUUCUCUCAUUUUUGAGUCAUGUGAGACCAUCAGCAUCACCUCAUUAGGGUCAGAGGAGGAUCUGUUCUAUGAUGCGCCCAGCUCUCCCCUUGGGGAGAAACCAUUUUUUCCAGACAAUCCCAUGCCGCUGCGCUAUGUCGAUGCAAGCAAAAGAAAAAGUCUCAUCAAGGAAGAUGCACAAAAGAACAUGACUGACUUCUUUAUGACAUUUGAGAUCAGUGAGUUUUCUGUUCAGCUCUGUCGUUUGUCUGGAAGUAUGGAGGUUACGGUGCUCCACUUAGACAUAGAGGGUCUGGGCACUGAGCUGAAGCUGCGCACCUUUGACAUGACGUCUAAUACCUACUUGCGAGAGAUCUGCCUCAAGUGUCCUGAAUACAUGGAUUCUGAAGACAAGCAAGUACAGCUGAUCACCACACUGGACAACAAAGAAGUCGACCUGCUCACUCUGGAGUAUAUCAAAGCUGACAAGAAUGGUCCCGACUUCAAGUCUCAAUAUAAUAACACUGAGCAGCUCAUCAAGGUGACCUUUUCAUCACUGGAUGUUCACCUCCACACGGAGGCUCUCCUCAAUACCAUGAACUUCCUCAGUAAGCUCCUUCCUGAAUCUAAUAAGAAGGAAGGACAGCAGGAGGAGCUUCCCACUAUCCCUGAGGAAGACGAUGCUGAAGCAGAGAAGGAGGAAGAGAAGAAGGAGGAAACUGCUGUAACCAAGAAAAAACCUUCAAAAAGGUCAAAAUUUGCAGAUGUGGUUAAUCUGCAUAUCAAAACUGAUCUCCGCUGCCUUAAAGUUUUCAUUCGAGGACAGAAGGCCAGGAUCUCAGAGAUCAGUAUUGAAGGUCUGGUUUCCGAGGUCCUGAUGAGGAAGAAGGGGAUGGAGGUUUCAGCCAAAUUGAAGAACAUUGUGAUUCUGGACUGUAACAAAGAAGCUUUUUACAAAAAGGCUGUGUCCAUAGCAGAUAAGGAAGUGUUUCACUUCCACAUGGUAAACUAUACAGAUGCGACUGAAGGAGAUGCCUAUCUGGACAUGUCUAACGUUGACACUACUGUUACACUAAGUGUGGGCUGCAUUCAGGUCAUCUUCCUCAACAAGUUUCUCUCAUCUAUACUGGAGUUUGUCAAUAACUUCCAGGAGGCUAAAGAGGCACUAACUGAGGUAACAGUUCAGGCUGCGGAAAAAGCAGCAUCAGGCGUGAAAGAACUGGCUGAACGGACCACUCGGAUCGCUCUUGAUGUCCACUUCAAUGCACCCGUCAUCUUCCUCCCCCAGUCCUCCUCUUCAUCAAAUGUCAUUGUAGCUGACCUUGGUCUGCUUUCUAUCAAAAAUCGUUUUGCCAUGCAACCCUGUAAAUCAGAUGCCAGCAUCCCACCUGUUGUGGAUAUAAUGACUGUGAGACUGACUGACCUUAAGAUGUUCAGAGUCAAAUUUAAAAAUGAACGUUUUGAAGAAGAGAUCCAACUGCUGAAGCCAGUGAGCCUAGACUUGGAAAUCCGUAGAAAUCUAUCUUCCAGCUGGUACCAUGAAAUACCUGACAUAGAUAUUGGGGUCCAUCUAAAGCCCAUGAGUCUGCUCCUAUGCCAGAAUGACAUGAUCAUUGUCCUGAGGACUCUGAACGAGAACCUGUCAGAGAAGUCUGAUGCUGGUCCACCUCCAGCUGCUCUGCCUGCCACUGACCCAUCCUCUGACUCUGUAUCCAACAAAGACUCCCAGGAGUCUGGGGCCACUGGACCACCCAGCAGUAACACAGUGGUGACAGCUGCUGUUGUAGAGACACAGAAAAACAGCAAGCUGAGAAAGAACACGCUGAAAUUAAACUUCAAGUUUGACUCACUGACUGUGGUUCUGUACAGCUCCAAUGAGGAUAAGCAGUUAGAACCACAACGUGAGCUGUCAGGCCCACAUCAUGACCAGUCACACCCACAACAUGAGCCGUCAGAUCCACAUGAUGAGCAGCUGAAGCUAGCAGAAUUUACUCUGGGAACCAUCUCCACCUCUGUCCACAUGUACUCCGACAGCUCCAUGAAGGCCUCAGUACAACUUGCUGAAUGCCUUCUAGACGACAAGAGGCCAAAAGCCAAAAGUAUCACCCCAAGGAUGAUGGCAAUGUGUCCUGGUGCAGAACAGAACAACAUGGUGGAAGUGAGCUAUCGUCAAACCCGUGAAAGCACCACUUUAGAUACAGUGGUGCAGGAUGUGUAUCUAUGUGCCAGCAUGGAAUUUCUGCUCACGGUGGCCGAUAUCUUCCUUAAGGCCACCCAGCAGGGUUUUGCCCAAGUGCCACAACCCAAGAACAGUACUGGUGCUGGCGAUAAGAAGAACAUUAACUCAUCGGUCACAUCUAAAGAGUCUGCUACAGCUACAGCCACGGUAACAAAGACUGAAAUGAAUGUUGUGGUGCGAAACCCAGAGAUUGUAUUUGUAGCUGACCUGACUCGUGAUGACGCCCCAGCUCUGGUGAUGACCACAUAUUGUGAACUAGUAAUGAAAAAUGGUGCAGAAGGAUCACGGAUGACUGCUGUUAUCAAGGACCUCAAGGUUGUUGCCUGUCCAUUCUUAAGACAAAAGAGGAGAAACAAUGUGACUACAGUGCUUCAGCCAUGUCAGGUGUACUUCGAAAGUACUCAGUCUCCAAUCUCCGCUCAGGCUAUGGAGGUCACCAUCAACGCUCUCUCACUUAAGGUAUCUCCAGUCAUAAUCAACACCGUGAUUACUAUCCAGUCAGCACUCACUCCAACAGCAGAGACCCCUGAGAAGCUGGACAGCCCCGUUCCUGUGAACCUGUGGGAUAAGCGGAGUUGGAAGGAGCUCAAACUCUGGUUCCUAGAAGAAGAUGACGAUGAAGACACCAAAUCAAUGACCCGCUUAAUACCACAGGGAGAGUCCCUAAAGGUGAACAUCAGAUCAAUCUGUGUGACUCUGGAGGCUGGAGUGGGACAUCGCACCAUCCCCAUGCUUCUGGCAAAGUCCUCCUUCAAAGGAGAUGUGGAGAACUGGUCCACGCUCAUUAACUUAUACAGUCAGCUUACCUUAGAGGUUCACUAUUAUAAUGAAGUGAUGGGAGUGUGGGAGCCACUACUGGAGCCCUUAGAAGAUGAGACAAGAGAUGGUUUCAGACCAUGGGUGCUGGAACUGAAGAUGAAAAAGAAACCUGUGAAGUACACAGAAAUGUCAGAUGAAGUGGAUUCCAAUAUCCCAGACUACAAGACAGUCAUUGCCAUCCACAGUAAAGAUCAGCUCAACAUCACACUUUCCAAAUGUGGACUGGCUAUGCUGAGUAACCUGGGCACUGCAUUUGCUGAAGCUGCCAAACAGACAGCAGAGUGUUUUCAAAAGGAUGAAGCUCCAUUUGUAGUCAAAAACCGUCUUGGCCUACCAGUUUCUGUGCGCCACAGUGAGAUGUUUUGUCCUGUUGGACAGCAGAGUAUCGCUAAUACUGUGAAGCUGCAGAAUGGCGAAUCCCUCGGAAUGGACUAUUCAACCACAACAGACACUGAUCAUUUCUCAGCAAUGACCUCUUUGAGUGGAAAAGACUAUUACAUACAGCCUACUCCGGAUGGUCACACCUCAGCCAGUGUGAUCCCUUUGAUCAAAGUGGGCCGUGGAAUGUACAGUGUAAUGCACAACAACUCAGGAGUCACCCGUUUCCUGGUCUGUCAGAUUUCCUCUGUAGAAGGCAGCAAGUACAUCAAGAUCCGCUCUCCUUUCCAGCUCAUCAAUCAUUUCUCAAUACCAUUCAACGUUUUUGAAGGAUCAAUCCUUCUGGGUACUGCUCUCCCUGCUGAGGAGUUCUGUGUUCCUCUGGACUCGUAUAGGUCUGAGCUGAGCCUUCAGCCAGUAAUAGAGAGCACAGAUGAUAGUCAGGGUGAGCAGUAUGAUUGCUCAGAAGGCUUCAGUUACGAGGACGUUAACAACCUGGAGCCUGAGAAACGCCUACAGCAAAUCUGCCGUCGCCGUGGAAACCAAGGUGGUGUGAUGACCAUCAACAUUGUGCCAUUAAAAGAUGCAGUGACGUGCAAAGAGACCGGAGAUGUCGGGGAGAAUUUUGACGUGCCCUUCGUGCUUCACUUGUGGCCUUCCAUCCUGCUACGCAACCUUCUGCCUUACACCAUCACCUACAGUCUAAAGAACAGUGGAAUCUCUGCAUCUGAGGCUACUUUGGACCCUGGUCACUCUGCUCAGCUUCACACUGCAGUCAUCAACCAGUCAAGUCUUGAUCUUCGCUUGAUUGAGUACUUGGCUCAGGAUUGGUCUUCUGUGUAUAGACUCAACAGUGAUCAGGAAGAGAUCACCUUCAUUGUGUUCAAGUCUCUAAGAGAGGAUGCAGACGAAGAUGGAGAUGCAGUGGAGAGGAAGAGGGCUGAGCUGGAUAUAGCAGUUCAUGUUAAAUAUGAUCUGGGGAAGAUGGUGGUUGCUAUCCAUUCACCGUACUGGAUGAUAAAUAAGACGGGCAGGUUGUUGCAGUACAAGGCUGAUGACAUUCACCGCAAACAUCCCAUGGACUACAAGAUGCCGUUGCUCUUUUCAUUCAAGCCUCGGUACUUCUUGCGAAACAAUAAGGUUCGUCUUAUGAUCUCAGAAAGUGAACUAUCUGAUGAAUUCUCUCUGGACACAGUUGGGAGCCACGGGGAUGUGAAAUGCAAAGGCAGAUUCAAAGAUUAUCUGGUCGGUGUGAAGAUCGAUGCAAGCAGUUUCAGUCUGACCCGCAUUGUGACCUUUGUGCCCUUCUACAUGCUGGUCAACAGAACUAAGCACAGUGUGUUCAUAUGCGAAGACGGGCAAGAAACUUGGACUGAGGCAAAACCAGAACAGUCAGCCAUCCCUUUCUGGCCUGAGAGUGACACUAAGAAGCUUAAAAUUAAAGUAGAAGCUUCCCUAUCGCCUCCAGUGACUAUCGACUUCAAACGACCAGAGAACUGCUUAUUGCUACAUCUGGACAACAAAGCGGGUGGGAUUAUAGUAGACAUGAAUCUGUCGGAACACUCGGCCACUAUUCAAUUUUCUGACUACCAUGAUGGCGCAGCCCCUUUCCUCAUCAUCAACCACACUAAAAAUCAGACUCUUCAGUUCCAUCAGAGUGUCCGGACAGAAUCCUCGUGGGUGGCUGACCAGAUACUUGACCUCUCCUUCUCAGUGGAGGAGGACAGCUCUCAGAAAAAGGCAGAGCAUGAGGAGCUGGAGGCUGGGAAAGCUGUGUACUACACCUGGACUGAGCCCACUGGGUCACGAGCGCUCUCCUGGAAAUGCAGCACUUACUCUGGGACACUAAAGAGUGAAGAGGUACUGCACGACUCUGAUGUUGUGUGGGAAUUCAAACCUAAGAAGAAGAGUCGAUGGAAGCCUCUGACCAUUAAAGAAGCUGAAGUUAUGGAGGACAAGUUCAAAGACUACCUGGAAUCUGGGGCCGUAGACAAGGAAAUUUUCGAUCUGGAAAACGGCUUUCAGGUGUGCUUUAAUCCCACUGGCCAGGACAUGCAGAUAAUGAAGCCAUGUGAUGCUCCUCUUAGGAGGCACUUCCUGCCGGGUGUGAAGGUGGAGUACAGCAUUUCACCGCGACAGAGCGCCUAUCGUAUCCAAGUUCACCGGAUACAGAUCCAGAAUCAGCUACCCGGGGCCAUCUUUCCUUACGUUUUUUACCCCGUAAAACUGCCAAAGUCUGUCGCCAUGGAGACAGAACCCAAACCUCUAACUGAUAUCAGCAUUGUUACCCGAGCAGCGGGGCACUCUAAUAUCUCACGCAUCAAGUACUUUAUGGUUUUAAUUCAGGAGAUGGAUCUAAAACUUGAUCUGGGCUUCCUGUACGCCAUCCUGGACCUGUUCUCCCCAGAGAACGACAGCAUCACGAGCGCAGAACAGGAGGUGGAACUGUUUGAAAAGGACAUAACGAACAUAAAGACAGAACUGAACCAUGUCUCUGCUGCUGAUAAAUCUCCCAUCAGCCUCUACAAGUACUUCCACAUUUCCCCCAUUAAGCUGCACCUGAGUUUCUCUCUGAGCUCAGGCGGAGAGGAUGGCUUGACACAGAAGAGAGAUUCGGAACUGAUCCCUGUGCAGUCGCUAAAUCUGUUGCUAAAGAGUAUCGUCACUGACGUGCAGGAUGUGGUCUUCAAGCUGGCCUUUUUUGAAUUGACAUACCAGUUCUACACCACUCAGCAGCUCCAGUGGGAGGUCCUCAGACAUUAUUCUAAGCAGGCUAUUAAGCAGAUGUAUGUGCUGGUGCUGGGCCUCGAUGUUCUUGGAAACCCAUUUGGACUGAUCAGAGGAUUGUCAGAAGGGGUUGAGGCUUUCUUUUAUGAGCCCUAUCAGGGAGCCAUCCAGGGCCCUGAGGAGUUUGUUGAAGGAAUGGCUCUUGGGGUUAAGGCGCUGGUGGGAGGAGCUGUAGGCGGUAUUGCAGGUGCAGCCUCCAGGAUAACAGGUGCCAUGGCAAAGGGUGUUGCAGCAAUCACAAUGGAUGAAGAGUACCAGCAGAAGAGACGAGAAGCUAUGAACAAACAGCCCAGCGGUCUGACAGAGGGUCUGACCAGGGGUGGAAAAGGACUGGUGUCUGUAUGUAAAACUGUUUGGUUUUUUUGGUUUUUAAGUUGCUCCUCUCUGUUUAUCAGCAGGAAACACACAGUUAAUGCAGGAUGUAGGAAGUAG